GGGGAAAACUUUGCAUUCGAUUGUGAGUUCUGAUUUUUGUGUUAUUUGUGCUUUUGAUAAUUGGAAAGCUGAUCAGGCUCAGGGAUGCCAUCAACUCCGAUCUCCCAUGUUCUCCUCCGUCGUAAACGUCGUCUAUUGGCACCGGAUAUCAAAUUUUAUCCAUACGCUACUGGGAGGCCUUCGUCUGGGAAGAAAGACAUGAAAGAAGAGGUUGUACGACUAGGAGUUGAUCUCUCUCUCUCUGUAGCUGAGUCCAUGUUCUUGCUCUCUGAUGACAUUCACACUUUGUUAUGGUUCUGCUACAAGCUAUGGAGAUGUACAAUACCGCACUGGGAACUCGUGUCAGAAAGGCUGCUUCGUGUUAUUUAUCACGUCUACUCAAAGGAUAUCAAACCCAAGAAGAAUGCUGUGCAUCAGAAUGGUGCCAACUCGGCCCAGUUUCACUUGAUCAGGGCCACUUGGAAGGAUUUUUCUGACGGAAUCAUAGUUUUGCAUCGCCUUGUUAAGGUUCUUAGAAGAAAUGACUGGUCUUUCGAUGACCCGCUAUUAUCCUCGGCCAUUGCAAAAUGCAAGCAAGUCCUUAAGAGGCUAGAGGACGAAUUGAGGUCUGCAAAACAUGUUUCUGAGUCGAAUGGGUUUGCAAGGGAGAUUGUCGAGUCCAACACUUCUGCCUUGUGGGAGUCUCUCUUUGAUGAAGAAGCUGUUGACCUCUGGAAGUCUUCUCUCUUUGAUGAAGAAGCCGGCGAAGAACCCGCCAAUGAGAUCAAGAUUAGGAUUCUUCGCGACCUCUUUCAUCCUAUUAUGGGCGGCAACUCAUGGCAUGGCUAUGCCAACCCAAAAGCUCCUUUGGGGCACAUCCAGAUGCAGAGCCUGCCUGUGUAUUCUCCUUACAUUCCGCCUGUGUAUUCUCCUUACAUUCUAGGGAAGGACUUUGCAAAGCAGGAGCUGAAAGAGGAGGUUGUGCGACUAGGGGUUGAGCUCUCGCUACAUGUGGCUGGAUCAAUGCUCUAUUUGUGUGAUGACAUUCGUAGUAUGUUACGCUUCUGCUACAAGUUUUUGGAAGAUGCAAGAAAGGACCUGGCUCCUGAUAGUCCCGUGAUGAAAAGCCUGCUUGGUGUUAUUCAUUAUGUCAACUCAAAGUACAUCAAACCGAAGAAUGGAGUGUGUCAGAAUGGUGGCCAUUCGGUCCAGUCGGUCACUUUGGAGAGUUUUGGUACUGGAAUCAGAGAUCUGGACCUCCUUGUUUCGAUUCUCAGAAGCGGAGUAAGCUAUUUGGAUGCCCGAGAGUAUACGUCUACUAUUGAAGCAGCGCUGAAGGAGGUGGAUGAGACAUUGAGGUGUGCCAAGGAUGUUUUAGAGGCGAAUGGGUUUGCGAGGGACGCGAUGGAGUCCAAGAUUUUGGACUUGUGGAAGCCUCUCUUUGACAAAGAAACCGAGGAAUCAUGGAGUCUCAGUGCAGUGAGGCUUGGGAUUUUUUCUGACCUGUUUCAUCCUCUAGUGGAAGAAAAAAGCAGCAAAACAUGAGCAAGGAAGGCUACUUGCUAGUUUCUUCUUGCUUCUCUAUCUAUCGGAUUAUAGUCUCUUU